AAAAAAAAAAAAAAAAUAUCUGAGAAAAGCCUUCAAUUGAUGCCAAAAACAACCAACAACUGAUGUCAAAUCACCCAAUACUUGGUGCUGGAGCAGGGUCGUUUAGCCGUUGGCCAACAGAGUAUGCGAUCGAUGAGCUUGAACGGUUGAGUAAGGUAUAAAUACUUCAAACGUUGCGAUUUCUUACAUUAUUUUCUUUUUUUUUUCUUUUUUUUAUUUUAUUUUUCCUUGCUCCCGCUUCUCGGGUAUUUGGUGUUCACCUUAGUUUAUAUAUAAAGAAGCAGUUGUCCAUUAUAUUUCCAAUUCCUAGUAUAGUAUAUUAAACUUGACAAUAAUCAUGCCUCAUUCUAAUGAAUCCCUUGGCUCUGCUGAGGAUUUACACGCUUAUGUUCCAAAUGCCUAUGAAGGUAAUGCUAAUGAUAAUACUGAUGCACAAUCAGAAUUGAGUCCAGUAAACUCUGCAUACUCUGCUGCUAACGAUAACCAGCAGUUGAGUAUCACCCGUACGGAAACGGCCAAGUCUUUACACGAGUUGGGGAUCUCGUCUGAUAUCCCGCAACCCAAUAGUUUGAAUGCUCCUCCGGUGGAAAACCCCAUUUUCCCAGAAGAAUAUACUUUGGAAACCACUACUGGGUUGGUUCCUGCCCAAACCUUACAGUCUUUGGGUAGAACCAAAUCGAUCCAGAGCCACCGUAAGUCGACGUCUUCUUUUCGUGGUGAAGACCACGAAUCUUCUUCGUCGGAUGAAAAAGACGAUCAUCCUUCGCCUGCGUCAGGUGAUGAAGCUGCUAAAGAAGAACAAGAAUUAGAUCCCGAAAUCGAGUUUGUCACUUUUCUUAUUGACGACCCAGAAAAUCCUCAUAAUUGGAACCCUUAUAUCAGAUGGUUAUACACGUUUGUCUACUCCUGUGCGGUGAUUAGUGCUGCUUAUGGUUCUUCUUCUCUUGCAGGUGGGUUGGGUACUAUCGAAGAAAAAUAUCAUGUUUCUGAAGAAGUCGCCACUCUUUCGGUUUCCCUUAUGGUUUUAGGGUUCUGUAUUGGUCCCUUGCUUUGGGCUCCGCUCUCGGAACAAAUUGGUAGAAGACCAGUUUAUUUCAUCUCGUUUGGUUUAUAUACCAUCUUUAAUAUCCCAGUUGCCUUAUCGCCCAAUAUCGCUGGGGUUCUUGUUUGUCGUUUCCUUUGUGGGGUGUUCAGUUCUUCCGCUUUAACUAACGUUGGUGCCUCCUUGGUUGAUUUACAUAAUGAAACUAGAGGGUUGGCUAUUGCCUUUUUUAGUUUCUGUCCUUAUUCUGGUCCGGUCUUUGGUGGAAUUGUUAACGGGUUUAUCUCGGUUGACACUGGUAGUUAUGAAUUAAUGGUUUGGGUCAAUUUGGCUUUUGCCGGUUUAAUGUGGGUCCUUAUGGCUUUCAUCCCGGAAACUUAUGCUCCAGUCAUUUUAAAGAAAAGAGCUAAAAAAUUAAGAGCUGAAACUGGUAAUAGUAAAAUCAUGACUGAACAAGAAGCUUCUCCAAUGUCCUUUUCUGAAUUGGUUAAUACUUGUUUAUAUAGACCUUUGAAAUUUAUCAUUCAAGAACCAGUUUUGGUUUUGGUUUGUGGAUUCGUGGCCUUGAUCUAUGCUUUACUUUAUGCUUUCUUCUUUGCUUAUCCCGUCAUCUUCAACACUUUGUACGGUUACAAAGAUGAUAAAAUUGGUCUUAUGUACGUUCCAAUCUUAAUCGGGGCUGGUUUGGCUCUUUCAACUACUCCAAUCUUGGAAAAAAAAUAUAAUGAAUUAUGUAAAAGAAGAACUCCAAGACCUGAAGAUAGAUUAAUCGGGGCCAUGAUUGGGUCUCCUUUCCCUUGUAUCGCUUUAUUCAUCUUGGGUGCUACUUCUUAUAAACACAUCAUUUGGGUUGGUCCUGCUUCUUCCGGUAUUGCUUUUGGUUAUGGUAUGGUGCUUAUUUAUUAUUCCUUAAAUAAUUAUAUCAUUGAUACUUAUGCUAAAUUCGCCGCUAGUGCCUUGGCUACUAAAGUCUUCUUAAGAAGUGCUGGUGGGGCUGCUUUCCCCCUUUUCGUUACUCAAAUGUAUCAUAAUUUGGGUUUACAAUGGGCUUCUUGGUUAUUAGCUUUUAUCUCCUUGGCUAUGAUUUUAAUUCCUUUUAGUUUCUAUAAAUUCGGUGAAAAUUUAAGAGCUAAAAUGUGUAAAGAAGAUUAUUCUAUUCAACAUUAAUUGAUUCUUUUUCACCUUUAUAAAUUAUUUGCAUUAUAACAUUAUCUUUUUGCAUCUUUAUUUCUAUUAAUCUUUUACAUUUUCAUCAUAUAAAUUUUUAU